AUGCCGGCCCCCAGGGCUUCGGCUGGCGGCGCCGAGGUCGCUCCAGACUCGCCGGCGAGUCCACCAGCGCGAACCCGACCCUUGAUCUUGCGCGAGGCGACGGAUCAGAUGCUGGUGGAGCUCCGCGGGGCGACGCUGCAGAGUUGCCUGAGCGGCCUGGGCUCGAUCUGGGCGACGUCCGCUGGAAAGGAGAGCCACUACGCGCGCACGCGAAGGGUGCACCGCCUCGACUACUUCGUCUCCCACGACUGGGGCACAGGCCGCUGGGUGAAGCUGCUGGCCCUUGCCGUGCACUUCAACGGCGUGCCAGCGCUUUGUGCGAGCUUCGCCGUGAGUUUGCUCGUCUUCGUGCUGCAGGUGGCGGGCGUGCUGGCGCAGCGGCAGCCGCCCCAGGUGCGCAUCACGGCUGGCGUAGAGUACGAGGAGGUCUUUGGGGUCUGGUGUUUCCCCGCAGGCAUCUGCACCUUCUUCUUCGUCCUCAUCUAUUGGCAGGUCUGCAGUGAGUGCGUCCUGUCGCCGACCUUCGUCUUCGUCGACAAGAUGUGCAUCAGCCAGUGGAACCCAGAGGAGAAGGAGCGCGGCGUGUGCUCGAUCGGCGGCUUCCUGCAGAGGUCGGAUCAGAUGCUCAUGCUGUGCACGCCGAGGUACUUCUCGCGGAUGUGGUGCGCCUUCGAGGUGGCCGCGUGGCUUAGGCUCAGGAACGUUGACUCGAUCAUCUUCUUGCCACCGAGCGACGCGGUGUUCACCGGCCUCUGGUUCUCCCUCGUGCUGUGCGCCCACGGCUGUAUCUACAUUGGCACCCAGUUCCCUGGCGUGCCACUCGCCCCCUUCGCGCUGCUCGUCGUCUUCUGCGCCCCGUUGCCCCUGACCCACUCGGCGAGGCUGGUGAUGCGGGAGCUCCUGUCGUUGCCGGAGCUGCUACGUGCGCACGACGUGGCCGAGACCCAGUGCUUCUGCUGCACGCACCAGCACGUCGACCCAGUGACAGGGUCAGCGCUCAUGUGCGACCGCGACAUCGUCUACGAGGCGAUCGACUGUUGGUACGGGAGCGACACGCCGUGUCCUUCGCACGAGAAGGCCACAGUGGUGCGCCAGUCAUCGCACGAGGCUUCCGCAGCGGAAAGAAGUGCGGGCACGGCGCAUUUCAACGAAGUGGUCCAGACCAAGCUCUCGGAUGCGCUCGAGAUCAUGGUCGCCCGGCCUGUGAGCUACGUCUCGUGUCUCAUCGCCGCCUCGCCAGCGAUAUGGUGGUACCUCGACCAGAUAACCGCCAUGGUCCUUGACGGCCCGCACGACCCCUACCUAACCUUCAAGCGCUCUCUGCGGAUGUUCAUCACCUGCUUCCUGCUCUGGCCGCUCAUCUGCACCUCGGUGCAGGCGGAGGCGAAGCUCGAGGAAGACAUGACAGUAUCAAGAUAA